UAAGAAGCUGCUGUCCUUUUCCCACCCGCUUGUUGCUGCUGGGAAUUCACGUCAAAGGCUGGCUGGAAAUUUGUGACCAACAAUGAGAUCAACCAGCCUUUGGCUUUCUCUUCCCGGAAGAAGGAGAGCAGGUCAGGGAUGUGAUUCCGAACAGGCGGAGGAAGCAGGCAGCCAGCAGCCGGCCAGAUCACUCCUUCCCCGGCCUCUCCAGUAAUCCUUCCCGGAACCUGCUGCAGAAAGAGGCAGGGGCUGCUUCCCUGUCCAGGGAAAAGGAAGGAAGGAGGGAGGGAGGGAGGAAGGAGAGAGAGAGGGGAGAGGGGGAAGUGGAUCAGCAAUAUCCUGACUUCCCAGACAUGUCUGAAGCUUUCAGCCAGCGCCACAUUAAGCAGGAGAGAAACGCUUACACCCCCCCAGUUAGCCCCGUGCCACCAUACAGCAGCUCUGUGCACGGCACUGUUUCCGAGGGCAGACGCAUGGAGGAUGGAACAUACACUCUCCCCAACCACCUCCGCCUGCAGCCUGUGUUUUGGAGUAGAGUGGAUGUGGCACAGUGGCUGAAGUGGGCAGAGCAGGAAUACUCACUGCGGUCGAUGGAGAGCGACAUGUUUGAGAUGAAUGGUAAAGCUCUGUGCCUGCUCACCAAAGAGGACUUCAGGUAUCGCUGCCCACACUCAGGAGAUGUUCUUUACGAGUUACUGCACCACAUCCUGAAGCAGAGGGAAUCUCCUGUCUGGUAUCCACCUUUCCUGCAGCCAGCAAGUACUCCGCACAAUCCACCUGAAAUCAUCCUUCACAACCACCUGGAAGACUUGCUGCACAGAAACAUACGGCCGUCUGAGCAGACCAGCCAUCGGAUUCAGCCUUCGCUGGAGCCACUGCAGCGAUUGCUUCGCUCCCCGGCCGAGAGCCAGCACCGCUUGUCUCCGGAAAUGGACCGGGAAAACUCGCAGAGCCUCCUGCCGCCGUCCGAGAGGAAUCAGACCCCCAGGUCUCAGGCGGAGAACACGCACAGCUCCUCACCGGACAUCGAGCAAAGACUGUCCAUUUCCCCAGUGAGUGAGAACCAUUGUCCAUCAGGCACUGAGAACAUGUUAGAGGCCCACCGGACAAAUGGCUCCCCACAGGACAGCUCCCGCGUCAUCCAGUUAAUAUCCACUUCCAUGAUGAACCCGCUGAUUCUCAACAGUCGGCAGUCAGCUGAGUUCAGACCAAGGAUGACAGAACAGAAUCCACACAAGGAUAAGCCUCUAAAUCUCUCCCGGGAGGAACUGUUAUACAGGAAUCAUCUGAUGGUGCCCAUGCCAGCCCAGGAGGAGCCGUUGACGCCCAUAGGGAGAAUUGCAGACUGCAGGCUGCUCUGGGACUAUGUUUACCAGCUGCUGUCGGACAGCAGGUACGAAGCCUUCAUCCGAUGGGAAGAUCACGAGUCAAAGGUUUUCCGAAUUGUGGAUCCCAAUGGACUUGCAAGGCUGUGGGGAAACCACAAGAACCGAACAAAUAUGACAUAUGAGAAGAUGUCAAGAGCUCUUCGCCAUUACUACAAACUCAACAUCAUCAAGAAAGAGCCCGGCCAGAGGCUCUUGUUUAGGUUUAUGAAAACCCCAGAUGAGAUUGUGAACAGUCGGUCUGACCGCCUGGAACACCUGGAGUGCCAAGAAAUGGAGGAGCCACUGUACCAGGAUGAGGAGUGCUGAGUGCUGUGACUGUGGGAACUCUAACUGGAUAAGGAGAACAAAUUACAGCUGUUGGACUGGCAGUGUCAGAGUGUUGGGAGUGGAGAGUGGCUCUGUGUGGGAGUGCUGGAGACACUGAGGCCCACACUACUCCAGUUUAUUGCUAUAUCUACCCUACACCUGCUGCUUCAUUUACUGUGACAACUAUCAACCUUUUAUUGGACCAAUGACUGGGAUUGACUGAGGAUAAGCUGAGGUUGGUCCUAGAACCUGCUCUCCAUCUUUGCCACCUCCUUGUAGGCCCUGAUAUACUGCCAGGCUUCUACAACACACCAGCUUCUUCAUAGCACCAAUGAGUGUAAGGAGCUGGGAGUGUGGAGUCAGACUGGACUGAAAGGCCUUAUUUGGGGCCUGUGUCUGUGUCAGCCUGUUUGGUGGCAGAGGUGUCUCCUGCUGUCCAAUGCACUAUUACUCUUAAUGAUUAGAACUUGAAUUUGUAGUGAUUUUUUUUAAAAACUGCACAAAUGGAAUCUCUGUCUCUGUCUCUGCCUGAGCUCAUGCUGAGAAUCUACAUUUCUUAUUUGAAAACACACUUUGUAAUGACUCUUUUUAAACAAUGCUACACCUAAAAUUAAAAUGAAAAUGAUUUGGAUGUGGA